UUCCCAGGGUGGUGGCGGCGAGGGGCGGUGGCCCAGCGGCGGGAGAUUCAAACCUGGAAGAAGGAGCAACAUGGAGGGCGGAGGAGAGCGCCGGGGUCGGGAGGCCUAUGAACGCCUCACAGCUGAGGAGAUGGACGAGCAGAGGCGGCAGAAUGUCGCUUAUCAGUACCUGUGCCGGCUGGAGGAAGCCAAGCGCUGGAUGGAGGCCUGCCUGAAGGAGGAGCUUCCUUCCCCGGUGGAGUUGGAGGAGAGCCUUCGGAAUGGGGUGCUGCUGGCCAAGCUGGGCCACUGCUUCGCACCCUCCGUUGUCCCCUUAAAGAAGAUCUAUGACGUGGAGCAACUGCGGUACCAGGCAACUGGCUUGCAUUUCCGGCACACAGACAACAUCAACUUCUGGCUAUCUGCAAUAGCCCACAUCGGUCUGCCUUUGACCUUCUUCCCGGAGACCACAGACAUCUAUGACAAGAAGAACAUGCCCCGCGUGAUCUACUGCAUCCAUGCCCUCAGUCUCUUCCUCUUCCGGCUGGGAUUGGCUCCUCAGAUACAUGAUCUCUACGGGAAAGUGAAAUUCACAGCCGAGGAACUCAGCAACAUGGCCUCUGAGCUUGCUAAAUAUGGCCUCCAGCUGCCUGCCUUCAGCAAGAUUGGGGGCAUCCUGGCCAAUGAGCUCUCUGUGGAUGAGGCUGCAGUCCACGCAGCUGUUCUUGCCAUCAAUGAGGCGGUGGAGCGCGGGGUGGUCGAGGUCACCUUCACUGCCCUGCAGAAUCCCAGCGCUCUCCUGGGGAACCUUCGGGAGCCUCUGGCUGCCCUCUACCAGGAGCUGCUGGCCCAGGCCAAGGUGGAGAAGGCUGCCGAUGCCAGGAGCCAUUUUUUGCAGGACGACAGAGAAAGCCAGGACAUCUAUGACUACUACCUGACCCAGGCGGAAAUCCAGGGCAACAUCAACCAUGUCAACGUCCGUGGGGCUCUAGACAUUGUUGAUGAUGCCGUGGAACGACAGAGCCCCGAGGGCUUGCUUGAGGCCCUGCAGGACCCUGCCCUGGCCCUGCGCGGGGUGAGGAGAGACUUUGCUGACUGGUACCUGGAACAGCUGAGCUCGGACCGGGAGCAGAAAGCACAGGAGCUGGGCCUGGUGGAGCUUCUAGAAAAGGAGGAGGUCCAGGCCGCGGUGGCUGCGGCCAACGUGAAGGGUGACCAGCAGCAGGCCAUGCUCCAGGCUGUGCAGAGGAUCAACAGGGCCAUCCGGAGGGGAGCAGCUUCCGAUACCGUGAGGGAGCUGAUGAGCCCUGCAGCCCAGCUGCCUCCCGUCCACCCCUGCGCCUCCGCUGUGUACCAGCAGGAGCUGGCGGUGCUCCAGCAGCAGCAGGGGGAGCUGGGCCAGGAGGAGCUCUUCGUGGCUGUGGAGAUGCUCUCAGCUGUGGUCCUGAUUAACCGCGCCCUGGAGGCCAGGGAUGCCGCUGGCUUCUGGAGCAGUCUGAGGAGCCCUGCCUCUGGCCUGGCCGAAGUGGAAGGAGAAAAUGCCCGACGGUACUUCGAGGCCCUGGUGGAGCUGCGGCAGGUGCGUGGCGUAGGUGGGGCCUUCCUGAGCUGGAAUGACCUACAAGCCGCCGUGAGCCAGGUCAACACCCGGGUCCAGGAGGAAACCGACCAGGUUCUCGCCAUCAGCCUCAUCAAUGAGGCUCUGGACCAGAGCAGCUCAGAGAGGACUCUCUCUGCCCUGCUGCUUCCUGCGGCUGGCCUGGAAGAUGUCAGCCUUCCUGCUGCUCCGCGGUACCAUUUCCUCCUAGUGGCAGCCAAGAGGCAUAAGGCCCAGGUGACAGGGGAUCCUGGGGCUGUGCUGUGGCUGGAGGAGAUCCGCCAGGGAGUGGUCCGAGCUAACCAGGACACACACACAGCUCAGAGAAUGGCCCUCGGCGUGGCUGCCAUCAAUCAGGCCAUCAGGGAGGGCAAGGCAGCGCAGACGGAGCGGGUGCUAAGGAACCCCGCCGUGGCCCUCCGAGGCCUGGUUCCUGGCUGUGCCAGCGGCUACCAGCGGGCCCUGGAAGGGGCCCGGGCCAAGAAGCGGAGUGCAGGGGACACAGCUUUGUGGGUCCGACACAGCAUGAAGGACGGUACCGCCUACUACCUCCAUCUGCAGACUUUACAGGGCACCUGGGAGCAGCCCCCUGGCUGCCAUCUCAACACCUCCCACCUGACGCGGGAGGAGAUACAGUCCACCGUCAUCCGGGUCACUGCUGCCCACGACCGCCAGCAGCUCUGGAAGGCCCACGUGGGCCUUGUCGUCAAGCUCCAGGCCCACGUCCGCGGCUUCCUUGUCCGCCAGAAGUUUGCCGAGGGGUCUCACUUCCUGAGGACCAGGCUCCCAGCCGUCAUCAAGAUCCAGGCUCAUUGGCGGGGUUAUAGACAGCGGAAGGUUUACCUGGAGCGGCUGCAGUAUUUUAAAGCAAACCUGGAUGCCAUAAUCAAGAUCCAGGCCUGGGCCCGGAUGUGGGCAGCUCGGAGCCAGUACCUCAGGCGACUCCGCUACUUCCAGAGGAAUGUUGACUCUGUUGUGAAGAUCCAGGCAUUUUUCCGAGCCAGGAAAGUCCGAGAUGACUACAGGACGUUAGUGCACUCCGCCCACCCUCCCCUCGGGGUGGUGCGAAAGUUCGCCCACCUCCUGAACCAGAGCCAGCAGGACUUCUUGGCCGAGGUGGAGCUGCUCAAGCUGCAGGAGGAGGUGGUCAGGAAGAUUCGCUCCAAUCAGCAGCUGGAGCAGGACCUCAACCUCAUGGACAUCAAGAUCGGCCUGCUGGUGAGGAACCGGAUCACGCUGCAGGAGGUGGUUUCCCACUGCAAGAAGCUGACCAAGAAAAACAAAGAGCAGCUGUCAGACAUGGUGGCUCUGGACAAGCAGAAGGGAUUAAAGUCGCUGAGCAAAGAGAAGCGGCAGAAGCUUGAAGCUUACCAGCACCUCUUCUACCUGCUCCAGACUCAGCCCACCUACCUGGCCAAGCUCAUCUUCCAGAUGCCACAGAACAAAACCACCAGGUUCAUGGAAGGAGUGAUCUUCAGUCUGUACAACUACGCCUCCAACUGCCGGGAGGCCUACCUCCUGCUCCAGCUGUUCAAGUCAGCGCUGCAGGAGGAGAUCGAGUCAAAGGUGGAGCACCCCCGGGACAUGGUAACUGGCAACCCCACCGUGGUGAGGCUGGUGGUGAGAUUCUACCGCAAUGGGCGGGGACUGAGUGCCCUGCGGGAGAUCCUGGGCAAGGCUAUCCAGGACGUGCUGCAGGACAGAGCGCUCAGCGUCCACACCGACCCCGUCCACCUCUACAAGAGCUGGAUCAACCAGAGCGAGGCCCAGACGGGGCAGCGCAGCCACCUCCCCUAUGAGGUCACCCCAGAGCAGGCCUUGAGCCACCCUGAGGUGCAGAGACGCCUGGACAUCUCCCUGCGCAACCUCCUCGCUGUGACUGAGAAGUUCCUUGUGGCCAUCACUUCAUCUGUGGAGCAAAUUCCGUACGGGAUGCGGUACAUGGCCAAAGUCCUGAAGACAGCCCUGGUGGAGAAGUUCCCCGAUGCCCCGGAGAGUGAGGUCCACAAGGUGGUGGGGAACCUCCUUUACUACCGCUUCCUGAACCCGGCUGUGGUGGCUCCGGACGCCUUCGACAUUGUGGCCCUGGCAGCGGGUGGCACCCUGGCUGCCCCCCAGCGCCACACCCUGGGGGCUGUGGCUCAGCUCCUGCAGCACGCAGCAGCCGGCAAGACCUUCUCCGGGGAGAGCCAGCACCUGCACGUCCUGAACGGCUUCCUGGAGGAGACACAUCUCAAGUUCAGGAAGUUCAUCUGCAGAGCCUGCCAGGUCCCAGAGCCGGAGGAGCGUUUUGCGGUAGACGAGUACUCGGACACGGUGGCUGUGGCCAAGCCCAUGGUGUACAUCACGGUGGGGGAGCUGAUUAACACACACAGGCUGCUGCUGGAGCACCAGGACUGGAUCGCCCCCUACCACCAGGACCCCCUGCACCAGCUCCUGGAGGACCUUGGGGAGCUUCCCACUGUGUCCGACCUCAUCGGGGAGAGCACGGCAGCAGACAGGCACCCCGACCUGAGCAAGCUCGAAGUGUCCCUGACACUCAUCAGCAAGUUUGAAGGGCCAGAGGCAGCCGCUGAUGGCACCAGAGCCCGGAGCCUGCUUCUAAGCACCAAGCAGAUGCUGGCCGAUCUCAUACAGUUCCACCCCGGGGACUCCCUGGAGGAGGUCCUGUCCCUCUCGGCCCCCAGAGAGCAGAAGCCAGGCUCGAGGACAGACAUUUCCCAGCGACACCCAAAAGCACACCAAGCGCCCAGGCCUGCCCCAGGUUGGGGGCACAGUGCUGGGGCCCCCUCCAGCAUCUCUGCCCCCCAGGAAGUGGCCCAUGAGCGGCUGAUGUGCCAGCGCCAGGCCUGUGAGGCCCAGAGCCCGGAGCCGCUGCGACGACACCACUCGCUGACGGCUCAGUCCCUCUUGCCGCUGGCAGAGAAACAACGGCGAGUCCUGCGGAACCUGCGCCAGCUUGGGAGCCUGGGCUUGGUCCGUGCCAGUGAUGGAUACCAGGCCCUAGUGGAUGAGCUGGCCAAGGACAUCCGAAACCAGCGCCGGCACCGGCAGCGGCGGAAGGUGGAGCUGGUCAAGCUUCGGGCCACCUUCCAGGCCCUGAGCACCAAGACGGCCUUCUGUGAGGAGCAGGGCGACUACUACAGCCAGUACAUCCGCUCCUGCCUGGACCACCUGGCCCCCAGCUCCAAGAAUCCGGGGAAGGGGAAGAAGCAGCCAUCCCUUCACUACACUGCCGCCCAGCUCCUGGAGAGGGGCGUCUUACUGGAAAUUGAAGAUCUCCCUGCCUCUCACUUCAGGAACGUCAUCUUCGACAUCAGCCCCGGAGACGAGGCCGGGAAGUUUGAAGUCAAUGCCAAAUUCCUGGGUGUGGACAUGGAGCGGUUUCAGCUUCACUAUCAGGACCUCCUGCAGCUCCAGUACGAGGGCGUCGCCGUCAUGAAGCUCUUCAACAAGGCCCGGGUCAAUGUCAACCUCCUCAUCUUCCUGCUCAACAAGAAGUUCUUGCGGAAGUGACGGCAGCGCAGCAGUGCCAGCCAAGCCUCUACAUCCCCACCCCUGCUCUGCUUCCCCACAGACACCGGGCCUCAGCCUGGCCAGGCACACAGUCCCCCCUGGUCCCCAGCCAGCGGGGGCUGCCUGGCCUCGGGACAUUGGCUCCUCCUGCAGUGGGCCUUGCCCUGAUCCCCACUGUACGGCUUUCACACCCCAUGGGAGGGAGCCCGGCCUCUUCCAGCAAACGAACCAAGCCUGGGAUCUGCAUGCUGCCUGGGACGCUGCGGGUCCACGUCUGCUGCUGCCCCCUCCUGGUCACCCAUUGUGACAGGCGCUGCCUCAGUGGCCUGGUUCCCUUGGGCCAUCCUCUCCCGGACUUGCAGAGCUGGGCCAGCUCCCCGUCUUCCUCCUCUUCAUCCCAGUGGGGUCUGGGCCUUGCUGAACCCCAGGGCGCUUCCAGCCCCUCCUCCCCGGCAGGAGUGAGUGCAGAGCUUGUGCCCACAUGGUCCUGUGGCCCUGUUGACCUCCCGUGGAGCUCAGAUCUCGUUCCCUUGCUUAGGGUCUGUUUCAUAUGUGGGUCAAUGGGGUGUUUACUCCGCCUCUCACCCUGUAUUCCAGACCAUUGCACAGUCUUAAUCAUGGUUUUGAUUCUUUCAUCUUUUUCAGCUCAAAGAAAGUUUUCAUUUCCCUUUCUCAAACUAAUAUCUGGGCUG